CUCGCUUUUGGUCCCGGAGGCCCGCGAAAUACACCGAUGCUCGCCAUUGUAGUCGGUGCAGCUGAUUUACGGCCGAUUUCGCGACAAACGUGCAAUACACACAUACACAUUGUACAUAUACGACAAGGGACUCUUGUGCGUGUAUGUGAGCGAGUGCGCGUGCAGCUUUUCGAGUGGGUGCAGCAGAGGGAGAGACAGCAGGGGCUGUGUUAAAUUGUCGUGUUACGAGGUGAGAAGGAUGAGUAACUGGAAUCAGUUGAACGUCGAGCACGCGACCAGCGCGAUGUCGCGCGGCGACGAUCUGCAGAUCCGCACUGGUAGCAUUAGGAGGAAAAAGAACACGACGAUAGAAAAGCUGCCGGACAAGGUGAUACUGAACGUGUUCAACUACCUCUCCCAUCGAGAGAUAUGUCGGAUGGCCACGGUUUGCAAGCGCUGGCGGCAGAUCGCCUACGACUCGAAGCUGUGGUCGCACGUUUCUCUGAGGCCGGAAAUCAGCGGCCUUCACGUCAAUUCCCUUGAAUUUCUCCUUCAAUUGAUCAGCAAUCGGUUCGCGGCGUCGUUGCGCUACAUCGAGCUACCAAUCGAGCUGAUAACCCACACGGUGCUGCACGAGUUGUCAAACAAGUGUCCGAACCUUACGCACAUGCUGCUCGACUUUUCCACGGCCAUGCAGCUCCACGACUUUUCCGAGAUGCAGACGUUCCCUGCCAAACUUAAGUACAUGUGCAUCUGCUUGUCCGAGGUCAUAUUCAUGGAGGGCUUUAUGCGCAAGAUUUACAACUUCAUCAACGGCCUCGAGAUCCUUCACCUCAUAGGCACUUACGAAAAGAUCGAGGAGGAAGAGGAGGAGAUCUACGAGGUGAUAAACGUCCACAAGCUCAAAUCGGCGACGCCAAACCUCCGGGUGAUCAACCUGUACGGCAUCAACUUCGUGGACGACUCGCACAUAGACGCCUUCUCGUCCAACUGCAUACAGCUCGAGUGCCUGGCCGUGAACUUUUGCUCCAAGGUCACGGGCUCGACCAUGAAGACGCUCUUCCAGAGGAGCCGGAGACUGCGGUGCCUGCUCAUGCAAGGAACCAAUCUGCAGAGCGAGCACGUGAUGCAGGUCGAGUGGGAGAAGUCGAGCAUCCAGGAGCUGGACGUGACGGCGACCGACCUCACGACCGAGUGCCUGAUCGACAUGCUGUCGAGGAUCCCGGGGCUGCGGUUCUUGAGCGCCGGCCAGCUGAACGGCUUCAACGACAGCGUGCUCAAGGCGUGGAUGGAGCUCGGGAACCCGCGCAACCUCAUAGCCCUUGACCUGGACAGCUCGGACAAUCUCAGCGACGACUCGUUGCACAAGUUUCUCUCGCGGCACGGCCAUCAGCUCUGGGCCAUCGCUUUGUCGGGUAUGCCGCACAUCACCGAUCAGCUUUGGCAGAGCGUCUUGCCGAUUCUGACCAAUGCCAAAAUCAUUAUCAUGGGUACUCAAGAAAGGCUAGGUGUCAACAUCCAUGUAGAUCAGCUCAUGGAUGGGAUAGCCAACAACUGUCCGAACUUGGAGCGCCUGGAAUUACGCUGGGAUCCAGAAAAUUUGAGGUUUUCCGACAAAAGUCAAAAGGCCAUUGAUAUUCUGAGAGUUAAAUGCAUAAAACUCAGAUGCUUAGCCCUAAGCGACGGAAGAUAUUACGAGAUCGUUAAAGCGAACUUCGAGCGCGCCGAUCGAAAUACCGUAGUACGCACGACAACGUGCUGCCGAGUGUCCAACUACUACCUGUUACAAAACUACAAGGAUUUGAUUUUCAACUGAUGAAAAUCCAUGGGUUACGAAAAAUCCAAGUGCGUUUGUUUAUAGUGUUUCAUUUGUUCAUACUAUGUUUAAUGGGCCGUGUCAAAAAUUUUAUACAUAAGGAACGAUGUUGGUUGCUUUGUACAGUUUCAUUACGCCAAAAGUGGAACUUGUAGAUAUAUUUUUAUACAUAGAAAAAAAGGACGAAAUUGGAUACCUCAUAUAAAUAUUUAAUACUACUUUGACAAUAAAAAUUGGAAAUGGACAAGACUAGCAACUUUUCCGUGAGAAUGAUAUGUGUAUAUGACUAGCUUCUGUUGUAAACGUGUUAACACUUUUCUCUAAAACUUCGAUAUUAUUUUUUUUUAAGGUACUUAUUUGGCCUGGAUAAAAAAAUCAAUAAAGUUCAUACUGAUAAAAAUUGAUUUUUUCCAAGCUGCGAUACCAUUUCACAAUAGCGUAAUACUCAAGUAUAAAAAAUGUUAGUCAAAUAUUUAUUUUUCUAAUUGCACUCAACAAAACAUUCAAGUUAAUUUUUUUAAUUCAUACAUCACCGUGGUACACUGUGUGUGUGUAGACAAUAAUCGAUUUACCAUACUGAAAAUAAUUAUGAAUCUGUAUGAUUUUAACU